CCCACAUCGGCGUAUGUACCUAAACGUCAUAACGCAUUGACGCUCUACCGGAACUAAACACGUGGGUUCCUAGUCCACGCCUGGGGUGAGCCAUUUCAGCUACUGGUUUAAGAAAAAUAGUUUUCGACCUGAUACUUCAACAUGGCCGUAAGAGCAGCUUUUGAGAAGAACAACGAAAUCGGCUGCUUUGCUAAGCUCACAAACACAUAUUGUCUCGUCGCUAUUGGCGGAUCAGAAAACUUUUACAGCGUCUUUGAAGGGGAGUUGUCUGAAACUAUACCUGUUGUUCAUGCUUCUAUAGCGGGAUGUCGUAUCAUUGGAAGAAUGUGUGUUGGAAAUCGUCAUGGUCUUAUGGUUCCGAGUAACACGACGGACCAGGAACUGCAGCACAUUCGGAAUUGCCUCCCAGAUACAGUGAAGAUCCAGCGGGUUGAGGAGCGUCUCUCUGCACUGGGCAACGUUAUUGCCUGCAAUGAUUAUGUUGCACUGGUCCAUCCAGAUCUAGACAGGGAGACUGAGGAGAUUCUGGCAGACAGUCUGAAGGUGGAGGUGUUUCGUCAGACCAUAGCUGAGCAAGUCCUCGUGGGCAGCUACUGUGCAUUCAGUAACCAGGGCGGUCUUGUGCAUCCCAAGACAUCAAUAGAAGACCAAGAUGAGCUCUCCUCUCUUCUCCAAGUGCCUCUGGUGGCAGGGACAGUUAACCGGGGUAGUGAGGUCAUAGCUGGCGGUAUGGUGGUGAAUGACUGGUGUGCGUUCUGCGGGCUGGACACCACAAGCACAGAGCUGUCGGUCAUCGAGAGCGUCUUCAGACUGAGCGAGACACAGCCCAGCGCCAUCGCCACCACCAUGAGGGACUCCCUUAUUGACAGCCUCACAUAAGAUCCUGGUUUGUAGCUGUGUGGAAGGAUCGCCAGGGAAUGGAGGACAAAGGAUCCGUCAUUUUGCACAUCCAGAUUACAGCAGAUGGUUGUCGCCUGGCCCAUAAUAAUUCAACCUUGUUAAACAAUAACUUUGCCUUUGUAAAAUGCAUAUAUCUGUACUUAGCAAAGACAAUGACAUGCUCUUGCAGUUGUAUUACGGUAAAAUGGAAGACUUGCAGAUGGGUGACAUCUUGUCUUGCAGUUUCACAUGUCCAGUUUCACAAAUUGCAGGGAAACUGCAGCCAUGUAAAGGAUGUGCUGUCAGGAAAAGAUUAGGAUUGUUUUUACUGUCUGUGUUACGUUGCUCAUUGCAGUGAAAUACAAAGAAAGCCUUGUCUGAUAUGAAAUAUAAUUAAAAUCUGGUGAAUUUCACCUCAGGUUUUCUUGUCCACUUACAAUAAAGAUGCAGCCUUUUCAUACCCA